AUGGCGGAGCCACAAGAAGCCGACGUUGAUUCAAUUAUUGACAGAUUGCUCGAUGUCAGAGGAUCACGUCCAGGUAAACAGGUUCAACUUCAAGAAUAUGAAAUUAGAUACCUUUGCACAAAAGCACGAGAAAUAUUUAUCCAACAACCCAUUCUUUUAGAGCUAGAAGCACCAAUUAAGAUCUGCGGUGAUAUCCAUGGUCAAUAUUAUGAUCUUUUGAGACUGUUCGAAUACGGAGCAUUCCCACCGGAGGCUAACUAUCUAUUUCUUGGAGAUUACGUUGACAGAGGAAAACAAUCAUUGGAGACAAUUUGCCUUUUACUGGCCUAUAAAAUUAAGUAUCCAGAGAACUUUUUUGUUUUGAGAGGAAAUCAUGAAUGUGCAUCGAUUAACAGAAUAUAUGGCUUUUAUGAUGAGUGCAAGAGACGUUAUAACAUUAAGCUUUGGAAGACAUUCACAGAUUGCUUUAACUGCCUUCCGAUUGCUGCAAUCAUCGAUGAGAAGAUAUUUACAAUGCAUGGUGGUCUUUCUCCAGAUUUGAAUACAAUGGAGCAGAUCAGAAGAGUGAUGAGACCUACAGAUAUUCCUGAUGUGGGUUUGUUGUGUGAUCUUCUUUGGUCCGAUCCGGACAAAGAUAUCACGGGAUGGAGCGAGAACGAUCGAGGCGUUUCUUUCACAUUUGGUCCUGAUGUUGUUUCUAGAUUCCUUCAAAAACAUGACUUAGACUUGAUUUGUAGGGCACACCAGGUCGUUGAGGAUGGAUACGAAUUCUUCAGUAAGAGACAGCUUGUGACGAUUUUCUCCGCUCCUAACUACUGUGGUGAAUUCGAUAAUGCUGGUGCCAUGAUGAGUGUGGAUGAGAGUUUGCUUUGCUCGUUCCAGAUAUUGAAACCUGCCGAGAAGAAGAAGUACGGAUAUGCUGGUCAACUACCUUCAUCAGCGUCGCAAUCGAAAAACAAGAAGAAGUCGCUAAACUGA